CGGAAUAGUCCGCCAUCUAUGCGCUCAGGUUGGUCCUGGUCCUCCUGAUCAAAUUCUCGGUUGAAUAUUUUUAGGUUACGCUUUCGGAGUGCUGUGUACUUGUAGUAUUUUUCUUCUAAAUAAUUUGUACAAAUAUCUUGCUUUACAACAAUGAAUAUGGCAGACGGAGCAUUUACUCGAAGUGAAAUUUUGGGGCUUGUGGUGAGGCUAUCUUUCGUUACUGCUGUCACUUACAUCAGCAUUAGAUGUCUGAUGAACCAACUCGACCCAACUUCCAAGUCCAAGAAGAAAGCAAAAAAGAAGGCUCAAGAACAUUUACGUAGAUUGGGUAUGACGGAAAACGUCUCGUUGGCUAUUGAUCAGCUGACGGAUUAUGAGAUGAUGAUCGCUAGUCAUUUGGUAGAUCCUAAUGACAUUACAACAUCUUGGCAAGACAUAGCAGGGUUGGAAAAUGUUAUCCAAGAACUCAGGGAAACUGUCAUAUUGCCAAUUCAACGCAAAGAAUUAUUUGCCGACUCGCAGCUCACCCAAGCACCUAAGGGCGUUCUACUUCAUGGCCCCCCAGGCUGUGGUAAAACUCUUAUUGCAAAAGCAACUGCUAAAGAAGCAGGGACUCGCUUUAUAAAUUUGGAUGUUAGUAUUUUAACUGACAAAUGGUAUGGAGAAAGUCAAAAGUUAGCUUCGGCUGUUUUCACUUUGGCCGUAAAACUACAACCAUGUAUCAUCUUCAUUGACGAGAUAGAUUCCUUUCUUCGGACGCGUAAUACACACGACCAUGAAGCUACUGCUAUGAUGAAAGCUCAGUUUAUGUCAUUAUGGGAUGGACUGAUCACAGAUCCAACGUGUACUGUCAUCAUUAUGGGAGCUACCAAUCGGCCUCAAGAUCUAGACAAAGCCAUUCUACGUCGAAUGCCCGCAACCUUCCACAUCAGUAUGCCUAAUCUUGCUCAACGGGCACAAGUACUCAAGUUAAUUCUCAAGCAUGAGCCAAUUGCUGAAGAAGUCGAUGUACUCACCCUGAGCAACAUGACGGAGGGUUUUUCUGGCUCUGAUCUGCGAGAACUUUGCCGGAACGCAUCUGUCUAUCGUGUCAGAGAUUUUGUACGACAUCAUAAUCCAUCUGCAGCCACUACGUCAGGGGCCACGAGUACAGAUGAUGAAGAAUAUCAUGAUGCACUGCGUCCUAUAACGAUGGAAGAUCUUGAGAAAUCAGUGAACAAAAUGAAAGACUCCAAAGUGCACACGGGGACUCUUAAUUCUGUUAAACUUGAGUUAGAUUAGGACAAACCUUUGUUUCUUUUUUUUUCUUCUAAUGAAGCAAAUGAAAUGUUGAGUAUAUUUAGUUUCAACCAGCAUUUGUCUUUGUUUGUCGCACCGAGUACACCUGUAUUACAAGGUUGUAUCGCAUUUCAAAUGCUACAGAAUAGAACUGAGCACCUGGUAUUCCUUAUUACCAGUGGCCGAUUAGUGUUCUUUUAGAUUAGUGUUAUUCAGUUAAUUUCAAAAGGAUAUUCCUGUUAACGUUGCAACGUUUCCAGGUCUUCAUUCGUUAAACCUUAUGAAUAUUAGUCGAUCCAGUGACACAGAUGUGUACAAUAUCUUUUAAAGAAAUUCCGGAACUACAUACAUAUACAUUUGUUUAUGAUACAACGUGAAUUGAUUGAAUUUCCUAGCAACUACAACAAAUCUAUAACACUGACCUUUGCUGUGAACUCUCUAGCACGCAUGUUUUCAUAACUAUGAUAUCUAAAUCUUUUUAUAUUGCCUUUACAGCUUCAUUGAAGAUUCUUGGACACAGACUUGAUUUUUUAUAUUAAUCUCAAUAAGAUCCGAAUUGGGAAUAUUAUAAGAAUAUCCUUUUUCAUCCUUGUCAAGUAUACUUGACCGUUUUGUUCUUGUUGAUUAUGUGUGGGUUUGUUGUGAACCCAAUGUCAUGAAAAAAUAUAAUAAUAACAUAGUGAACGAAAAUGUUCGAAUGCAGAGAUACCUGAUUGGACAAAGGUUAUGAAUUGGUAUAAAAUUUUUCAAUUUUUGAUAAUAGUAUUACUGUUUUUAGAGAUAGAAUACGAGUCAUUUUUGGGAUAAUUAAUUGUUGAUUAAUUAAGAUAAAGAUAUCGAAAUUAUUUCUUAAUCCUGGUCUACUAACUAUAUAUCAAAGAUCUGAUAAUCGGGAAAUCAACUAUUGACAAAAAAAACUAGUUAUGAAUAAACGUACAUUAAAUUGUUUCUAUAUAGGUAAUAAAAAAUAUCGAUCAUAGAGAGUCA